AUGUGUAGACAGGCCGCCGACGCAGUGAUGCGGGCCUACCGUGAUGGCUUCACACGCCAAGCAGUGCGGCUCCGGCUGGAUGCGGCCUACGAGGGCCAGGAUGACCUGCGGGCCCUGCUGAAGGCCACGCUGCCCCUGGCCAAGAGCUUCGCCACGAAGCUCUGGGCCGGUGACUACCUUCGCGGUGUCAAGACCUCCUUGGUUGACGAGGACGUCACGACCCUCCUGUACAGAGAAGCUGACACCGCGCUUAUGGAUGCGGCCGUUCUGUACUUGCCGUCCAGAGAGGUCAUUGCCUCUCCCAAGUUCUGGAAGUUCUUUCAGAGCAUGGGCGACCGGCUGGUGGUGGUCGCCAACACCGAGAGCGCGGCGGCCUCCUGGCGCGUGGAGAACCGGGGCGCGGACUUCGGCAGCAAACUGGGGCUGGAGCUGUGCAAACUCUUCCGGCAGCAGAGCUACUACUACCAGCUGGUGCCCAUCAACAACUGGCAGGUCACCUUCUUCCGGUCCUAUCCUUUCCCUUGGGAGCUCUGGAUUGAGGACCUGGACUACAACUUGGUGAAGCUUGGGGAGUCCGAGCAGAAGCCCAGCUACGAGCAGAUCGUGGCAUGGACCGAGGCCUAUGAGGAAUCAGCGGGCGUAAAGGCAUUCCAGAAGGUGGGGAAGCUCCUGCAGGACAACCAGAAGAGGUUGGACCCAGACGAAGCCGCGGCUUUGGCGCUGGGCUCCUGA